AUGGAGGCCGGCUGGGAGGAGGAGGGCAGCCGGGGCCCCGGGGAGCGGCUCCGCCUGCGGCCCGGCCCGGACACCACGCUUCCCGAGCUCCAGCGGCGGGGACGAUGCCUGAUCUCUAACUGGCAGGAGGAGAGAGCGACCAGUGAACUAGACGGCGUUCCGAGCCCCCAAAAUGGGAGCGAAGGCUUCUACUUCCGACACGGCCACCCUGGGCUCCUGACCCUGCAACUUCCUUGCCCCAUGUCCUCCAGUACCACUCACCGUGACUCCUUUCAGCCCCCGCGGCAGGACUGCAGGCCCAUGCGUGGCCAGCGAGAAGCGAUGCUGGGACUCCUCUUCUAUCACCAGUUCCAAAAGAAAGCUGAGGAUGAACUGUACCAAGCACCAGAGCCCCCGGAAUACAGGUCGGUUACUCACCGGGACUAUCGGCAGGCUGGCACCCUGCUAGGGUCCCCCACUCCCUCACAGCCCCACGAUUAUCGGCUGGAGGAGCCAGAGACCUACUGGUUUCAACGAGCCAAGGACGUCAGGGGAGUCGGGGCCGUCCAGGGGUUGAAACCCUCAUUCCGGAGGAACAGCAGCUUCACCACUCCUGUGCCCCUGGCUCUGAGUCACCACUUACCCUAGAUCCCCAAGAAUUUAUCUCCCUGUGACAGACACACACACACACAACCCCCCCCCCCCGUCCCUCCCCCCC